AAUCUAUCUUAGUAAUUGUUAUCCAAAUUCUCAUUAUCCAACCUUCUAAUAUUAAUGGAGCUUGCAUCACUAUCAUAGUAUCAUGUUAAAUUGUUUUACUCGGUUCUUUAUAUGCAACCGGGAGAGUUGAUAUACCGCUUUGAUGAGGUUGAGUACUGGGUUGUUAAUUUGUAUGACUAGUCAUGACCCGGAGAAUAAAUUUGCUACUUGAGACAAGGAGAAGCUAAUAAGUCUGACUCGAUUUUUAUAUUGAUGAGUUUGAUCACCUUUCCAACUCUCUCUCUCUUUUUUUCUACAAAACUUUGAGGGGUCGUUUGGAUUGAGUAUUUGAUAAACUUGUUGUUUAGGGCCAAUUACCACACAAAUACCACAUAAUAUAAAACUUGUUAUUUGGUAUGUGAUAUUUGGUCUCAAACUUGUUAUUUGGGAAAUACCUGCCCCCUCCCAGGUAUUUGGCAAACAACACUUUUUGUGUUAUUUGGUCUCAAACCUGUUAUUUGGCAAAACACUACAUCCAAAUAACACAUCCCACUUUUUGUCAGCCAAACAUGUUAUUUGGGGUUAAAUAACAGAUUUUGUGUUAUUUGACCUCAAAUAACACUCCCAAAUACUCAAUCCAAACGACCCCUGAGAGUUUUCAAUGAUGCAAUUUUAUCUCAUGAGAUAGAAAAAGGAAAAUGAAUGGAUAAUUGGCCCCGCCUUCUUGGGAGGCACAGGGCCCAGUAACAUGCGUGCGAUUCACUCGUAAACAGAGCGAAGUUCCCACCACCACCGCAUUUUGUUGCCUGAAUCAGAAGCAACAUUAUAGUAAUAGCAGCAGCAAGCAGCUGAAGAACUGGCAAAAAAGCAAAAAGAAAGAAAAAAAGCCAUUGAUUAGAAGAUUGGGAAGUGGGAGCAGAGCAGAAGUAGCAAUCACACCUUCAAUCUUCAUCCCAAAGGCACCUCUUUUGCUUAUUUAUUUCUGCCCGAUUGCUUCCUGUUUUCUUCUCUUUUCCACUCAUACAGGCAAAGGAAAGGGGGGGGCCUAUAAUUAGCAUAGCUUCUCUAAGUUAUGUAUGAAAUGAUCAUGGAAUUGAAUUGAACCCACGAACUAUAAACUAUGGGACACUAAUAGCAUAAUUGUCUGCAUCCGACAACCAAUUGGUUAUGGGAAGUUCGAUGUUUGCCGGUUUCAACUGUUGUGUUUCUCUGGAAGGGAAGGUACCAAAAACAGAAGCAACAGCUUUCUAUUAAUACUUGUGUUUUUGGAGUUUGGACCAUUAUAUAUAUAUGACUAUAAUAAUGGCAGUGGCUCAGAAAUCAGGAAUUACUCGGCACACAAAAUUCUUGUUGGUAUGUUCACUUUUAGUUUAGUUUUUUUUGUUUGCAUGUUAGAAAUUUGGCAACAGAAACAAGAAAAUCCGUUGAACUUUUAUUCUUUUUUUUUUGUUUUUUUAACUACGGAGAUGAAAAUUGAUAGUUUUGUACGGUUUCCGAAAGGAACAAAAUGUUAUUUUAACUAAUUUUUCAACAUUUGCUUUCUCGUGAUUUUUUUUACAAAAAUGCUCUGUUUAAUGGAUGAUAUGAAAUAUUUGAAUAACAUGAUUCUAAAUUUUACUUAAUAUUAUUAUUUUAAUCCCUUCAAAUUUUAUCAUUUACUGAAUUUUUAUUUUUUAGUAGAUAUAAUCUUCCUCCUAUAGACCAUUAGGAACCAAAUGAAUCAAGCAUUUAUAAAAAAAAAAAUUAUUUUCUUCUUUUUAUAUUUAGUACUUGCAUUUGUUGACUUUAAUCACAAACAAUCUACCACUAUUCAGGUUUGAUUUUCAUAAUUCGCCAAAAAUUCCAGCUAAACAUGUUUUUGUUUUCAUGUUUGCAAGUUUUCUCAAGAAAUGAUAGCUUUGUUUCCUUCACGAUGAUUUUUCUGUUGCAACAACCACACAAAAUGGAAACACAAGUGAACACGCCUGUGUGAAUGUGAUUACUAAUUAUUUGAUAAAAAUUAAUAUAUUAUAGUGAUUAAAUUUUAUUGAAUCAUGAUACAAGAUCGGUUACAAUACAUGUAAAAUACUAUAAGUGCAAUCAAGAAAUACAUAAUUUUUUCCUGGUUAAAUACAUUGUUUGGUUCUUUUUUUAGUUAUUGUAGAAUGAAAUAAGCUUUAUUAUUUUUUGGAAGAAAUUUCACUUUUAUCCUCUAUCGAACUCAAAAAAAAAAAAAAAAUAUCACUCCUACAUUUCCUUCCAACUAUCUCUUUUCAUGAAAAACUAUCAUUUGUUAAAUAGUCCCAGCUUAAGAAGCUAGCAGCUCAAUAUAUUUUUCAUUUUUUCUGCACCCACCUGAAUAGCUUGACUUUCAAAGGAGGCUAAUGUCUGACAACAUUUCCUAACUAAAAAAAAAACGAGGUGAACUAUUUUAAUUUGGUAUGACCAAAUUAUUAUAUUUCACUCGCCGAAUUCGAAACAUUGAUUAAGUUAGUAUUUGUUGAAGUCAAGGAUUUAAACAUCAAUUAAAGAGACAAAUACGCUAUCAUUUCACACAAAAUGUACUUUGUUUUUACAAACAUAACGAAAUACUUAACCUUGUCAUUGAUAAGCCAAUCAAGCAACUUCAUUCAAAAUUAUUUUACACCUUAAGUCAAGAUUUAUUUUUUAUUUGUUAUCAAGAUGUAACCAUAAACAACAAUAAUCAAUUUCCUGCAAUAACAGGUAGUCACAAAACGUAAAUAAUCGACCACAAAACAAGUUUUUUUUUUUUGGCAUAGAUAGGAUAAUAUAAAUUGUUAGAGAACAACACACAACCAAAUCCGGCAGUCGACAAAUAGUGGAACUGCCAAUAAAAGGUCCUUUUGUGCCAGUAGAUGGACUACCCUGUUGUACUUGCGGGGUAAAAGUACAAUUGAAAAUUGGAAAAAUAGGAAAUUGCCACCCGAAUCUCCUCAAGAAUUGCACUACUGGAUCCAUGCGAAACCUCCUGCUCACGAACAGUCUGAAUCAACGUUUGACAAUCCCAGCAUAAAUUAACGACAACAAAACCAUGCAUUAGACACCAACUUAUUGCAUCUCGUAAUGCCAACAAUUCCAUAAUGAAAGGGUCUACAAUACCUGCAUAAUGUUUGUUGGGCGAACCCGAUUGCGCCGCGUAUUCUCUGCCACCAUGCUCCGUCGAACUGGACAAGAACUCCACCCUCCGGACAUGUGCCAUCUUGUCAAUGACGGAUCUAGGGGGGCCGCCCCCGGGCCACGACCCAGCCCUCCUCCGUUCGAGAGCUAGUAUAACACUUGUAAAUUUUCGAUUUUUUUGUAUUCGUUUUAGUGUUUUUCGCGUUACGGCCGAACCCUCUCCGCCUUCUUUCAAAUGUGGCCUAGUGCUCUACCAUAUUCUAGAUCCACCGCUGCAUCUUGUUGAGACCAAGUGACAGCUACCGAGGUCGGUUCAUGCCUAUUCCGAGUUGCAGGGGUGUUUGCCGCAUGCCAUUCGUCCACCUGACCACAAGACCGUGAUUGGAGGCCCGAAGUAAAACGGGCCUACAUGGGCCGGACUAUUCGGCCCGUUCAGCUGUUAACUGCUGGAUGAAAAUUCCCCCAUCCACAUUUUCAAGCCCUUCUUCAUAGUAACCUCUCCGAGCAGUCCCGGCUAAAACCUCCGCUGUUUCUUCUUCCCACUUUCUGCUGUGCAAUCGGUUUCCGUUAGCUCUUCAACUCCACAGACCACAGCUCCGUUCAAGAUGGUGACCAAAAGGCAGAAAUUAGCCCGAAGGAAAUUCAAACAAGAGAACCCAGCUCUGUUCCCAAAGCCAGAGCCGACGCCGCCGAAGGACCCCAACAAGCCGAAGAAAAAGAAGAGCUUGUUCAAGCGCAAGAAGAAGAAGAACACUGAACCCAGAGAUCCAAGCAAGAGAAGCAAAUUCACGAAGCGGCCCCUUAGAGUCCCUGGAAUGAAGCCCGGGGAUACUUGUUAUAUAUGCAAGGCUGUGGACCAUAUUGCCAAACUCUGCCCCCAGAAAGCUGAAUGGGAGAGGAACAAGAUAUGUUUGCUCUGCAGGCAGCGGGGGCAUAGCCUCCAGCGUUGUCCCAAUAAGGAAGAUGAGACGGUGGGUGCUAAGCUGUGUUAUAAUUGUGGGGAGUCUGGACAUUCCUUGGCUAACUGCCUUCAGCCUCGUCAAGAUGGUGGAACCAAGUUUGCCAAUUGUUUUAUCUGCAAUGAACAAGGACAUUUGAGCAAGGACUGCCCCAAAAAUGCUCAUGGGAUAUACCCCAAGGGUGGUUGUUGUAAAAUAUGCAGCGGGGUGACCCAUUUGGCUAGAGAUUGCCCUGAUAAGGAUCAAUGGUUUACUCCUGCCAAUGAUAGACAAGCAUUCCGAAAUGUCGAAAGGCUAACAGGGAAGCUGACCAAGUUUAUAAGCGGGGAUGAGCUUGAUGACGAUUUUAUGCUAGAUAGUAGUGCAUACAACAGCGAGCAAACUGGGAAGUCAUCUGAUACGAAGGAAGAAGCUACAAAAUCCAAGAAGAAAAAAGAGCCCAAAGUAGUGAACUUUGAAGGGUAGGAAGGUGAUGGUUGCUUAGACUUAUAACCACCCGGCUUCCUGACAUAUGUCUCAGAACUCAUAGAAGUGUUCAAGUUCCUGGAUAGUCUUCCCCUUCCCUAGGAACACCAAUUUGCAUUGUCAAAUUCAGGGUUUUGUUUACUUGUGUUCUCGUUUUUUGACAGAUCUUUAUAAGUUGAGAAAUGACCACCCUGUUUCAUGUGUUGUUCUGCUUCACACUUCUGCCAAAUUUUUAAUGAAGCAAACUAUAAUUGGUGGGAGACAUUUGGAAAGCUGUUAUGUGCAAUUGUGCUUGUCGAAAAACUAUAAUCCAUCACUAGUUUUUUACCCGCCCAUUGGGCGGUGCAAAUUAAUAUAUUUUUUAUUGUAUUAAUUUAUUUUUUAUGAUUCAUGUAUGUUACACUAUUAUACAUGAAAAUUUCAAUCUCCUUUACCUUAUUUUAUAAGAAGAUAUUGUUAGACCCUUUGUAUCUUACAUUUAUUAAUGAAACACUAAUUUUAUUAAAUUAUUUUAUGUAAACUAUUUUGUGUCUACUAUUUAUUAUUAUUAUUUUAGAUCCUAUGAAUAUCAUGCCAUAUAAGUUAUCCAUGUAAUUUUGAUAGAGCAAGAAAUCUCAUUAGCAUCCACAUAAUCAAUCUUCUGCUUAUCCAUUUUAGUUUACCUUAGCAAUGUUCUAGCAUAACCAACCAGAAAUAGAACUAUCAACUAUCAUUAAUUUAUUACAAUAAUAGUUUCAGCAAAUUUAACCGCAUAUAAAUAUAAUUGAUAUUUAGUAGAGGGCUAAAUAACCUCUGCAAAACGAAUAUUUUUUUUAACUAAUAACAACAUAGACGAAUAGUGAAAGUUGCAAACUUCAGUACAACUCAAUUCGUUCCAUCUUAUUAAUUCCUCAAUCAUGAACUGGAUUGAUGCAUCAAUACACGCUAAGAAAACAAACAAAUGACAUUGCACACUUUAAGAAAUUGAAAGAACAUCGACAUAGACAACCCAAUGACCACCACUACCACUUUAUUUCUUAUUUGUGACCUUUAUAAAACUUCACAUCUCUUCUACUUAUAACCCCCUAUAAAGCUAGCUAGUAGCAAGCCACUCAUGAACAUAAUAAAUAUGAACAUAAUAAAUAUAAAAACAUCCUCUGAUGGAACAUGGUAAGGUGACAAUCCUCACAAUUUGUUUUCCAUUUUAGCAUCCGAUGAAUAAUAUAAAAGAGAAAUGCUAGAAAUCUCGAACUUUUGAGCAAAGAAGAAAAGAUUUUUGUUUGUUUUUACAGGGCUUGACCCACUCAAUUAAUUUUAUUCUUUUCAAUGAUGGGUUUUAUUUUUAGAGAGCUAAUUUAUACAGGAAAAAAAAACGUAUAGAAACAAACAAAAAGGUUGCAUUCAUUGUUAUUAAGUUAAAUUUAUGUGUUAUUAAUGAUAAUGACGAUUGAAAGUGUUAACAUAAGAUACGUCAUUUAUAAUUAGAACUUUCCCACCAUGAAAGGAUGAGAGCUAUCCAUGUGCUGAUGUGGCAGUAAUUUAGUUUUGAAUAAUACCUAAAGCGAAGAUGAAAGACAAUGGUAGAUCAAGUAGGGCAAUUUACAACCCUGCCACCAUAAUAUGAAAGUACUUAAGAAAUGGAAAGAAGAGUAGAACCCGACCAGUUAAUCACAAGCAGCCAAAUAUCGUUGGAGAAGAGAGGUCAGUCAUCAGCUGCGGAUCACGGGAGAAUAGGGAGUUGUCGAUAAUACUUGGCUUGGGUUACUUCGUAUUCGCAAUGAAAAGAACUUUUUUGCCAAUAGGAACAAUAUAUUGCAAUUUACAACUACUCAAUUGUUUCUCAUCUAAUUGCUGCCUCUUGUAACUGACGCAAUGAAAAAAACUCUAUAUGUCUUACCAUUUUCCUUACAUGUUGAUGUAUCUAUGCAUAAAAUAGUAGAGAAGAUAACAGAAAUGCUAGAAAUCUCAAAAUUUUGAGUAAAUAAGAAAAGAGUUUUGUUUGU